AUGGGUUCUUAUGGGACACAUAUGGAGGAUGGUCCUAUUGGGAAGACGAUAUUUGCCUGUCAUAGUGACGGGCUAGCAACUAUCAUAGGACUAGGUAGUGCUACCCCGCCCAAUAUACAGCCCCAAAUUUCCUUCGCAGAUUACUAUUUUCAGAUGACAAAUAGUAAUGACAUGGUGGAUCUAAAGGCCAAGUUCAAGAGGAUUUGUGAUCGCACAGCCAUAGAGAAGCGACAUCUUUGGAUGUCUCACGACUUUCUAAUGAGCAACCCUACUGUCACAGCCUAUAGUUCGCCAUCGCUAAACGUUCGACAGGAGUUGACGGAUGCAGCUAUACCCCAACUUGGCGCAGAAGCUGCACGCAUCGCCAUCGGUGACUGGGGUGGGCGAGCGUCCGACAUCACACACCUGGUCUUGUGCACAACGUCGAGCGGGCGCAUGCCUGGGGCAGACUUCGAUCUGGUGAAGCUCCUUGGGCUCAAACUCACCACCAAACGCUUCAUGUUGUACCAGACCGGGUGUCAUGGAGGAGGCAUGUCCCUGCGCCUAGCGAAGGACCUUGCAGAAAAUAACCCCGGCGCGCGGGUUCUGGUCGUGUGCUCGGAGGUCACGAGCUUGGCGUUCCGUGGCCCCUCGGAGACCCACCCAGGGAACCUCGUUGGGCAGGCUCUCUUCGGCGACGCCGCUGGAGCCGUCAUUGUUGGAGCGCACCCCACCGGCGACGAGCUGCCCUUGUUUGAGAUGGUGUCCGCGUCGCAGGACAUCAUACCGGGGACGGAGAAGAUGGUAGAAGGGAAUCUCUGUGAGGAGGGGCUGAUGUACACGCUGGAUCCGGACAAUCCGCUGCACGUUUCAAGAAACAUAGAGGGCCUCGUGAAGAGGACCCUAGAGCAAGCGGGGCUCACCAAGGACUGGAACGAGGAGCUGUUCUGGCUGAUGCACCCAGGCGGCAGGGCUAUACUGGACAGGGUGGAGAGCACUCUCGGCCUGAGGAAGGACAAGAUGCAGGUGUCCAGGGAGGUGAUGAGGCAGCACGGGAAUACAAUGAGCUCCUGUGUCAUCAUCGCCAUGGAGGAGAUGAGACGGGUGUCAGAGAAACGUGUCUUGCCGACGGCGGGGGAAGGUCUCGAGUGGGGGCUGCUCUUUGGGUUUGGCCCAGGCCUCACCAUCGAGACCAUACUACUCCGUUCUCUGCCAAACAAGACGUUCCUCGCCUAAAUUUUAGUCAUCUUGCGCCUUCUUUCUCAGCUUGAGGUUUGCUCUGUGCCUCUGUCCACACCGGAACCGGAUCGCA